AUGUCAAAUAAUUGGAACUCUAAUGAUAAUCAAUUGUAUUCAAUUGUUGAAUAUCCUUAUCUUAUUUCGCUUCGUAUCUGGUUGGCUCAUAUUGAUUAUGUCGAGCAGUUUCUCAAUGAUACAAAAACACAUCUACCUCAUUUAACUAAAUUAAAAGUCAAUUAUGAUCAAUUAGCAGUCGUAACAAACAACUUCACAAGAGAUACAACACGGCUCAAUUGUGCUAAAGUGAAACAAUUAAUUAUUGAAAAAACACUGGUGCAUUCAAAAGAUUUUUACGUUUAUUUUCCUCUAUUGUAA